UGCUGUCUCGCCCUCCCCAGGCAGCGGCUGCAGGGUGAGAUGGCGCGGCGGGCGCUGGUGCUGGUGCUCUGCCUCUCCCUGGCUGCGGCGGCAUCCGCCGACUGCGCGACCCAGUGCUCCCUCUGCGCAGCCCAGACCCAUGGCACCGAGAGCAGCAUCCGGCCCCUGAUGUGUCUGCAGGAGUGCCAGGGCUUGUCGCCACCCGGCUCCGAGUGGGAGACGUGCAGGAAGGCGCUGGCGCUCCUGGCCCCGCUGGUGGCCCUGGCCGAAGGGACAGACCCGUCCCCACGGGAGGCGGAGGACGAGGCAGAGCCGGAGCAGGAGCUGGGUCCCGGGGAGCUGCCGCCGGUGCCAGCCAAGCGCUAUGGGGGCUUCAUGAAGAAGAUGGCCAAGGGGAAGCUGCUCUCCCUGCUGCGCGAGAACGCCCACAGCAAGGGCAGCCUCAGCAAGAAGUUCGGGGGCUUCGGCCGCAAGCCGUGGGAGCGGGCAGCCCCCGAGGACUACCUGGGGCUGGGGCCGGCGGGUGACGGGGGCGAGGAGCCAACGGGUGCCGGAGCCGAGGGGCAGGAGCUGGCAGAGCUGCACAAGCGUUACGGCGGCUUCAUGCGCCGGAUCCGGCCCAAGCUCAAGUGGGACAAUCAGAAGCGCUACGGGGGCUUCCUGCGGCGGCAGUUCAAGGUGACCACGCGGUCAGACGAGGACCCCAGCGCCUACUCAGGGGAGGUCUUGGACCUAUAG